CUUUUCUAGAUGAAAUUCAUUAUGUUUUCCAACCUAAUUGGAACACAUUUUGAGUCUCUAGAGUAUAUGAGGUAACAGGAUUAUGAUCUGGAGGGAACAACUGGAAUCGACCUUCAAUCUCCAUAUUGAUUAACUCCCUCUUGCAUUUCCUGAUUGCCAACCCUCAUUCCAUUAUAAGCUUACUUUUUACAUUCUAUUAUUUUUAGGAAUGUACAACAGAAGACCUGAAAGCAGAAAUUCACAAAUUACAAUUUUACUCCAUAAAGUAUCAACUGGGUAUGAAGUACUGGAGGUGCAAACAGAAUAGCGGAAGGUGAUUCAAAAGUCUUCAACAUAGGCGCCGAAUCCUCUUCCUGUCAAAAAAGAAAGCACCACAACUAACAUUACUUAAGAAGCAACACAAAGCAAGAAGGAUUGGUUUUUGCAGAAUUGGGAAGCAAUCAUCCCAGCUCCAGCACGUUGGUUUCAGAUCGAUUCCAUCCAUCAGAUUGAAAAGGAUUCCCUCCCAGAAUUUUUCCAUCAACAUUUUCACAAUGACAUUUCAUACUAUAAGGGCAACUACAAGACUCCCCUCACUUACCUCAAAAUAAGGAAUGGGAUCCUAUAGAAAUGGAUAAGCACUCAAACUAAAUAUCUAAAAUUUACUGAUUGUCUCAAUUUUAUUAGCGGAGAUGCUUCGUCUUUGCUAAGAGUCUACACCUUCUUAGAACAUUGGGGAUUAAUCAAUUUCCAAUACAAUCCCAACAAUCUUCCGAAUUAAGGACAAGUUUACCAACAAAAUGGCACCUUCUUGGAAAGAGUGAAGCUUAACUUCCAAAGUAAUCAAAUCAAUUUCCAUAGCGAUCCUCACAAUGAAUGUCAUAUUUGUGACAUGAAGGCUUAUCCAUUCCACCAACAAAAGAAGGAGAAUUUGGCAUCAUUUCAAUUACAACCAUUAUUGCUAUGUAAUAAUUGUUUCCUUGAAAAAAAAUAUCCUAAAUUUUUGAAAAAUGAAGAUUUUUCGUAAUUACAAUAGACUUAGAAAUAUGCUCCAUGGACCCAAGAUGAGAUAUAUCGAUUGUUAGAAUUGGUAUACAAACACAAAGAGAAAUGGAAUGAAAUUGCAAAAUAUUUUACGAAACGAUCUUUGACUGAAAUUGUUAAAAUGUAUUUAUAACUCCCUUAUUCCAACAUAUUUCCAUCCUUGGACAAGGAACCAUCCAUACCAAAAAAACCAGCAAAAGAACACAUUACUUUUCAUAAUGAUGUGAGUAAUCCAAUUCAAUUGGGAGUGGCAUGUUUCAAGUCACAAUUGGAUAAACUCAAAUUACCCAAUGUUGAAGUAAUUCAAAGUUAGGAACCUUAAAAAAUGGAUGAAAAUUUAAAACAGAUGAUCUCGGUUUAGAUGGAUAAGUUAGAAGAACAAUUAUUGUAUCUUGAAACAUAUGAGUAAUUAAUCAAUCAAGAAAAAUAAUGUGUUUAAACUAUACAAAAAAAGAAUUUAUAGAUGUAAGUGUAGGUGUAGACAAAUAAUAUUGUAAGUGAUGACAAUAUGAUGUUUUUAUGAAACCAACCAAUUAUAAUAAGUGUAACAUAUCUUAAUAA